AUGGAAUCAAUCAGCUUUAACAUCAAAGUGCCGCUGCUCGAGAAGGCGGCCACAAACGUCAUGGACAUCAUCUCACACAUCAGGCUGAACGAUGGAGUCUACUUCGAUCGCAGCAAAUAUAACAAGGAUGAAAUUAUGGACGAUCUAAGAAGCAGCAACGACCAGAAGAAGGUAGAGGCGGUUAAGCGUCUCCUCAUCGCGCAUGCCAUGAAGGAGGACGUCUCUGAAUUCUACGUGGAAGUCUCAAAUAAUCUAUCCAAUAAAGACCCAACACUGAAGAAGCUAAUCUAUCAUUAUUUAUCUCUCUAUGCUGAUCGGAAUGGCGACCUGACGAUGCUUACUGUUAACUCGUUUAAGAAGGACAUCAUCAGUAUGGACUUCCAAAUACGUGCCUACGCGUUGAGGGCCAUGUGCUCCUGUCGUUCCCUCGAGAUGAUAAGUGUCGUCAUGGAUUCACUUAAGAUAAUGGCGAAGGAUCGAUCUCCCUAUGUGAGAAAAACCGCCGCCGAUGUGAUCCCAUCUAUAUACAAUGUCGAUCCUGAUCAGUUAGUCUUUUUGCGAAACAUUUUACUGGACCUGAUUGGUGACAGGGAGGUGACCGUCGUUUCCGCCGCCGUGGCUUCCUUCUGCACCAUGUAUUUGGAGGUCCUUCCCCAGGGGGGUGAAACAAUCCACGGGGGGCUGGCGGACGAGCCAGGGGGGGAAAUUACGAAGGAAAACCCCGAUGAGGAGGCACCCCGGAAUGGCAGCACUGACGAGAUGGCUUCUACGAAAGGAGGAAACACCAAUGGGGGCAAUACCAAUCGGGGCAACACCCCCAAUGGGAUUCACCGCGAGAACCUGCACAAUUUGCUCUCCUUCCUUCACCCGCACUAUUACAAAUUGUGCAGGUACUUACUGAUGAUGCACCCCUUCCACCAGACGUACCUAAUCGAUUUGCUUCUUCGAUACUGCCGGGUGUUUUAUCGAGACCCCCUUACAAAUGAGAAUAUGAAUUUUAAGCAACUGCUUAGCCUUUUCCGUUGCUCCGAUGGAGGUGAAACUGAGGAGGGUGCAAAUGAGGCGGAGGAACAAUCCCCCUUUCCUCAAGUGAUCUCCGAGGCGGGGCAAAAAUGGGAUAGUCGUCCUGGGGAGGAUUCUUCCCCUAGUGUAGAGUGCAUUCCUCGUAACGGUGCAGGCACUUCCCACAGAAGAAGGAGCCCCUCCCCAUACCACUCCUACUACAGCACGGACGAAGAGUGGAGCGACGACCAGGAGGAGGAUCACCCGCAUCAGCAUUCGCAGCGCUACCGAGUGGACAUCGAGCUGUACAUUGAGAAGCUGCUUCUCCUGUUGUCCUCCUGUAGCUACAACGUAGUCAUACAAUCCAUAUCAGCUCUGUACCACCUGACGAAGUUUACCUUCAAGGAAAACAUAAUCCAAGCCAUCAUCUCGUCUAUCAUGAGGAGUUCCAUCGAGGGGAAUGACCACACGUAUGUUCUCUUUAUUAGAAGUGUUCAAUCGAUUGUAAUUCAUUUGAGACAAGACUUCGCUCCUUACCUGUCCUUGUUCUACAUUAGCGCCCUAGACAGUAUCGUCAAAAAGAGUAUCAAAAUUGACCUCCUUUAUAUACUAAGUAAUGAGGAGAAUAGAACAAUCGUUUUGGAGGAACUGCUGCAUGCUCUCUUUCAGCCGGGAAACGAUGAUCCCCUUGUGAAGAAGCUAUUCAGACACAUCACUGCAGUGGCUGUGGUAGAUUCGUCAUGUCUCUCCACCGUCAUGCAACACAUCAUCUCUCUCCUAAAUUGCAGUCUCCAGUUGUAUUCGUAUGAAGCCAUUCUUUCGUUAAGGCAGCUACUCAGGCAGAGUGACUCACAGCGUAUCGCCGAAAUUAACUUUUUCUUGACUCGCAUUUUUUUUACCAUUGAGUCGACGGAAGUACAAGUGUCCGUUUUGUGGACGCUGGCCAAAUAUCAGAACUUCUCCGACCAUCUGCUUCUUUACGAUUUUGCGCGCAUGUUGGUGAAGCGCUUCGAGGACAUGGAGGGGGCGCUGAAGGUCCAGGUUCUCCACUUCUUCAUGAAGGUGUGGGCCUACCAGUACGCCAGAUGGUUCCUCCAAGGUGCAGAGGCGGGUGAGGGGCGGAGCGGUGCAGAGACAGGUGAGAAGCGCGCCUGGGAGAGACCCGCCACAACCACGAGUAUCUACCAAGAGCAGCACAGCAAGAUCGCAAACGGAACGAACAACCACGCGGGGAAGGCGGUGGACGUGGCGAACGUGGCGCACCACAUGGAACGCCACGAGGCCUACCACCUGGAGGACUUCUCCAAAUACGAGCGUCUAUGCAGGUUGGCCCUUUUGCAGGGAUCACGCCCUGAGGAGCGUUUCGACAUCCAGGAGACGAGUAAAUUUUACGCCAACAUCAUGCUGAGGAUAAGGCAGCUAGCAGACAAAUGUGAUCUCAACUGGACCUUUUGGCAGAGGGACCUCUACAAAGAAGCAGUUAGCGAAUACACUCUGUCUCUGUGCUACUUGAAGCACGUUAUUCUCAGCACCGGCAAUGGAGAUCCUUCAGCGGUGUUGCGUCUCAGUAUGGAGGAAAUGCAGCAUGUGCGUAACUCUCCCGUUGGGACAGCUCAGGGGGAGGAGCACAAUGAUUAUGGAGAGUAUCACUUAGACUUGGACCAUCACUCCAGUGGCAGCGGCAAUAAUGGCUGCGUCUAUGGGGACGUCCAAAUAGAUCUGAAGAAUCCAGUUGUCCUGCAGCUGAAUACCAUGUCUAGCAUUCUCAACAGAAGACUCCCAUCCUAUGUGGAGCUACCCGACUUUGCGGAGGAUGAUUUGCCCAGAAGCGCACACAUGACAAAUAGGAAAAAAACGAAGCAGCCCGUGACAAGUAUCUCUUCGAGGGAUGUAAAGAUCAGCUACAGUGCCCAGUUGAGCAAUGAUCAGAUUUUUUCCGACGUGGACGAUUUUUACAGGGAGGAGGGGGGCAAUCUCGUGGAGAGGCACACGGGCUGCACACAAAAGACGCCGCGAAAUGCGCACAAACCGAUGCUGCAAUCCAGAAGCGGACUGUUAACAAACAGGGGGACCAAAAUUCAGGGCGAGGAUGACGAGUCAGACGAGUCUAACAAGUCUGAUCAGUCUGACCAGUUUGAUGAGGAGCAGAAUGAAGCCUCCCCCAAAGUAGGCUAUAGUGCAGAUACAUACCUAGGGGAGUGCACCUCCCCCACCAAUUUUUCCAAAAUAGACGAGCAGCAAAUAAAUGACAUAGAAAAGUUCUUCUUCAGUGAUGAGGAGUAUUUCGAGAGGGAGCCGAAUGAAAAGUCAACACAACUGCGGGAGCAGACAGAGGGUGAUUCUUUUACGUGA